AUGACCAGGAGGAGGAUAUACUGGGUCCCCAAGUCUUCUGGUGGCCUUGUGAACCUCGGCAUUGACAUAGGCGAUGACAUGGUUUCAGGACUUAGCUAUAGAACUUACACUGUCCCAGAUGGCUCCUGGAGCCAGCAGAAGCCUGAGGCACCGGGGAGCAUAGAUGUUCCCCGCUGGGAGAAGUACAAUGCUGCCUGGAAAACCAUGAUUCCUAUCCGUCCCAAGCCAAGGGUUCCUGGCCCUAACCCCCUGGAUAAUGCCGGCCUGUUCUCCUACCUCACAUUGUCAUGGCUCACACCACUCAUGAUCCGAGGUUUCCAGAAUCGCUUAGACAAGAGUUGCAUCCCUCUGCUGUCAGUCCACGAUGCCUCAGCCAAAAAUGCCAAAAGGCUUCAACGCCUUUGGGAAGAAGAAGUCUCAAAGCAUGGGAUUGAAAAAGCUUCAGUGCUCCGAGUGAUACUGAGGUUCCAAAGAACGAGGAUUAUUUUCGAUGUACUUCUGGGCUUCUGCUUCAGUGUUACGAGUGUACUGGGGCCAUCGCUGAUUAUACCAAAGAUCCUGGAAUAUUCCGAAGAGCAGUCAGGGAAUAUCAUCCGUGGAGUGGGGCUGUGCUUUGCUCUUUUUUUCACUGAGUGUCUGAAGUCUCUGAGUCUAUGCUCAAGUUGGGUUGUCAACCAGCGCACAGGCAUCAGGUUUCGUACAGCCGUUUCUACCUUUGCCUUUGAGAAGCUUAUACGAUUUAAGUCUCUAACACACAUCUCCUCGGGAGAGGCCAUCACCUUCUUCACUAGCGACAUAAACGACCUCUUUGAAGGGGUGUACUAUGGGCCCUUGCUACUGCUCGCGUGUUUGUCACUGGUUUCCUGCACCAUUUCCGCCUACUUAGUUCUGGGACCCACUGCUCUCCUUGCCACUUUUUGCUAUCUCCUGGUUUUCCCGCUGGAGGCAUUCCUGACCAGGAUGGCUGUGAAGAUACAGGGCCACGCUUCAGAGAUCGGAGACCAGCGCAUCCGCGUGACCAGCGAAGUUCUCACGUGCAUUAAGAUGAUUAAAAUGUACACGUGGGAGAAACCAUUUACAAAAAUAAUUAAAGACCUAAGAAAGGAGGAAAGGAAACUACUGGAGAAGAGUGGGCUUGGGCAGAGCCUGACCACUGUCACCUUGUUGAUUUCCCCAUUGGUGGCCACAGUAGUCAUGAUUCUCGUCCACACAGGCUUAAAAUUGAAACUCACAACUUCAUUAGCCUUCGCUGCUGUGUCCUGCAUGAAUCCCCUUCGGCUGUCAGUGUUCUUUGUACCCUUUGCAGUCAAAGCCCUCACAAAUUCCAAAUGUGCAAUGGAGAGGUUCAAGAGAUUUUUCCUCCAAGAGAGCCCUGUUUUAUAUGUCCAGACCUUGCAAGACCCCAGCAAAGCUCUGGUUUUGGAGGAGGCCACCUUGUCGUGGCGACAGACCUGCCCUGGGGUCAUCAAUGGGGCGUUGGAGCUGGAGAAGAAUGGACACACUUCUGAGGGGAUGACCAGGGCUCAGCCACCUUUAGGUGUCCUCGGGCCAGAGGACAAAGGGGACAGCCUGGGACCAGAGUUGUACAAGAUAAACCUGGUGGUGUCAAAGGGGACGAUGUUAGGGGUCUGUGGCAGCACAGGGAGUGGCAAGAGCAGCCUGUUGUCAGCCAUCCUAGGGGAGAUGCACUUGCUCGAGGGCUCGGUGGGGGUGCAUGGAAGCCUGGCCUAUGUCCCCCAGCAGGCCUGGAUCGUCGGGGGUAGUGUCAGGGAGAACAUCAUCAUGGGAGCCCAGUUUGACAAGGCCUGGUAUCUCCAGGUGCUCCAUUGCUGCUGCCUGAAUCGGGACCUGGAAAUUCUGCCUUUUGGAGACAUGACGGAGAUUGGGGAGCGGGGUCUCAACCUCUCCGGGGGACAGAAGCAGAGGGUCAGUCUGGCCCGCGCCAUCUAUGCCAACCGUCAGCUCUACCUGCUGGACGACCCCCUGUCGGCCGUGGACGCGCACGUGGGGAAGCACAUCUUUGAGGAGUGCAUUAAGAAGACGCUCAGGGGGAAGACCGUCGUCCUGGUGACCCACCAGCUGCAGUACUUAGAGUUUUGUGACCAAAUCAUUUUGCUAGAAGAUGGGAAAAUCUGUGAAACUGGAACUCACAAGGAGUUAACAGAGAAAAAAGGGAGAUACACCCAACUCAUGCAGAAGAUGCACAAGGAAGCCAAACAGGACACGUUGCCGGACACAGCAAAGAUGGCAAAGAAGCCAGGGUCAGAGAGUCAGGCUCAGGCCACCUCCCAGGAAGAGCAUCUCAAUGAAAAUAAUGUGCUGGAACAUCAGCUCACAAAGAAGGAGGAAAUGAAAGAAGGUUCCCUGAGAUGGAGCGUCUACCACCACUACAUCCAGGCAGCUGGAGGUUACGUGGUCUGUUUCAUGGUUUUCCUUCUCACCAUGAUGAUCAUCUUUAUCAUGACCUUCAACUUCUGGUGGCUGAGCCAUUGGUUGGAGCAGGGCUCAGGGACCAAUAGCAGCCGAGACAGCAACAGGACUGCUGCAGACCCAGGAGACAUACUGGGCAAUCCUCAGCUGCCCUUUUACCAACUAGUGUAUGGCCUCAGCAUCCUGCUCAUCAUCUCUUUGGGGAUCUGCUUCUCGAAGGCUUUCACCAAGAUCACGAGGAAGGCAUCCACUGCCUUGCACAAUAAUCUCUUCAACAAGGUUUCCCGCUGCCCCAUGAGUUUCUUUGACACGACCCCAAGAGGCCGGCUCUUGAACUGCUUUGCAGGGGAUUUGCAGACUCUGGACCAGCUCCUGCCCACUGUUGCUGAGGAAUUCCUGUUCCUGGUUUUGGUAGUGAUUUCCACUGUGUUGAUUGUCAGUUUGCUGUCUCCAUUUAUCCUGUUGAUAGCAGUCAUAGUCAUCAUUGUUUGCCUCAUUUAUUAUACGAUAUUCAAGAAGGCCAUCAAAUUGUUCAAGAGACUGGAGAACUACAGCCGGUCCCCUUUCUUCACCCACAUCCUCACCUCCCUGAAUGGCCUGAGCUCCAUCCAUGUCUAUGGAAAAACUGAAGCCUUCAUCAGCCAGUUUAAGAAGCUGACUGAUGAACAGAACAACUACCUGCUGAUGUUUCUGUCUUCCUCACGAUGGGUGGCAUUGAGGCUGGAGAUCAUGACCAACCUGGUGACCUUGGUCAUAGCCUUGUUUGUGGCUUUUGGCGUUUCCUCCACCCACUCUUCAUAUAAAGUCAUGGCUAUCAACCUCGUGCUGCAGUUGGCCUCCAACCUGCAGGCCGUUGCCCGGAUUGGCUCGGAGACCGAGGCAUACUUCACAUCUGCAGAGAGGAUGCUACAGUACAUAAAGAUGUGUGUCUCCGAGGCUCCUUUACACAUAGAAGGCACAUGUUGUCCCCCUGGGUGGCCGCAGCAUGGGGAAAUCACAUUCCAGGAUUAUCAGAUGAAAUACAGAGACAACACACCUAUUGUCCUCAAUGGCAUCAACCUGACCAUUCACGGCCAAGAAGUGGUGGGCAUCGUGGGAAGGACGGGCUCUGGGAAGUCCUCCUUGGGCAUGGCCCUCUUCCGCAUGGUGGAGCCAGCAUCAGGCCGGAUUCUCAUUGACGGCGUGGACAUCUGCAGCAUCGGCCUGGAGGACCUGAGGUCCAAGCUCUCGGUUAUCCCUCAAGAUCCAAUCCUGCUCUCGGGAACCAUCAGACUCAACCUAGACCCCUUUGACUGUUACACAGAUGAGCAGAUCUGGGAUGUCUUAGAGAGGAUCUUUCUGACCAAGACCAUCUCAAAAUACCCCAAAAAACUGCACACAGAAGUUGUAGAGAAUGGUGAAAACUUCUCUGUGGGGGAGAGGCAGCUGCUCUGCAUUGCUCGAGCCCUCCUUCGCAACUCCAAGAUCAUCCUUAUUGAUGAAGCCACAGCCUCCAUUGACUUGGAGACGGACGCCCUGGUCCAGCGCACAAUCCGCGAAGCCUUCCGGGGCUGCACAGUGCUGAUCGUCGCCCACCGCAUCACCACCGUUCUGAACUGUGACCGCAUCCUGGUCAUGGGCAAGGGCAAGGUUGUAGAGUUUGACAGGCCCGAGGUCCUAAAGAAGAAGCCUGGGUCAUUGUUUGCAGCGCUGCUGGCAACAGCCACUUCCUCACCGAGCUAA